AGUUGUGCUCAUGCCGUGUAGGCAAUUGAAAGAUGCUUAAAAUGAAGGAUCGAAGCAGUGACAUUUUAAAGAAAUUCUGUUAUAAACGGAUUCAAGUAAAGAUGGACCAACUAAAACUACCUUCUUGAGCUCCAGGAGGAGAGGGUGUUUUUUCCCUCGCUGCCGAAUGACAGGAAGAGAGAGAGACGUUAGAAUACGUUGUACUACGGCAUCAUCCCGGGAGCGGACGGAGGGGGUCAGUCGUUGGAAUGGGCAUGCGCAGGCAGAUCGCGCGAGCGGUGGGCCUUGAACUUUCUAAGGGAAAAACACUUUCUCACGACCGGUGACAGCGAAGCGGAUAACAGUCUUGAGCACCUGCUGGUCUUUGAAGAUCUGGAUUCUGGGAGACUGUUGGAAAAGAGAGUUCCUCUUGUGACUCCACCUGCUUGAUUGCCCUUCUACACCGCCAACAUGCCAGUUGUCGACCGAGACGCCUCCGAAGAUUCAGGGGGCCGAGAUGCUCUGCCAAAGCUGCCGGUGCCCAACCUGAAAGACACACUAGACAGAUACCUGAGGUGCAUGAAGCACCUGCUCACAGAAGAACAGUUCAACAAGACGCAAAACAUAGUGACGCAGUUUGGAGCCCCUGGAGGAGUGGGGGAGCUACUACAGAGCAAACUCACGGAGAGGAGCGAAAACGCGGCAAACUGGGUUUAUGACUACUGGCUGAAUGAUAUGUACCUGAACAACAGACUUGCUCUACCUGUCAACUCAAGUCCUGCAAUGGUCUUCCCACAGCAGAACUUCAAGGCUCCUAUUGACUCUUUAAGAUUUGCUGCACACUUAAUAUCUGGAGUUUUGGAGUACAAGACUCACCUUGAUGACCGUGACCUGCCUGUGGACUAUGCCCGGGGCCAGCUGGCAGGAACGCGUCUGUGUAUGGAGCAGUAUUAUCGUCUCUUCACCUCCUACCGUCUGCCAGGACCUGAGAGGGACACUCUCGUAGCACAGGAGAGUAGCGUGAUGCCAGAACCUGAACAUAUCAUCGUGGCGUGCAAAAACCAGUUCUUUGUGCUGGAUGUGAUGAUCAACUUCCGGCAACUGAAUCAAAGAGAUUUGUUGACUCAGCUGGAGAAGAUUGUCAAGAUGGCUGACAACGAAGAAGAGCAGCUCCCUCCUAUAGGGCUUCUCACUUCAGAUGGACGGACAGAGUGGGCUGAGUCUCGUAGUGUGCUAAUGAGAGAGUCUACCAACAGGGACUCGCUGGACAUGAUUGAGCGUUGUCUGUGUCUCGUCUGUCUGGACGACGCAAGUGGACCUGAACUUAGUGACACCCAACGAGCCAUGUUGAUGCUGCAUGGAGGUGGAUUGACAAAGAAUGGAGGCAACCGCUGGUAUGAUAAGCCAAUGCAGUUUAUUGUAGGAGCUGAUGGCUGCUGUGGAGUCGUGUGUGAACACUCUGCAUUUGAAGGAAUUGUCCUUGUGCAGUGCACAGAGUAUCUCCUCAAAUGCAUGAUUGGGAGUCCAUCAAAGCUGAUCAGAGCUGCAAGUGUGAGCGAGCUGCCCGCGCCACGCAGACUCCGCUGGAAAUGCACUCCUGAAAUUCACAAGCUCAUCACAUCUGCUGCUGAUAAACUCCAGAGAAUGGUAAAGAAUCUGGAUAUAAAUGUCCACAAGUUCCAUGAUUACGGGAAAGGGUUUAUCAAGAAGCAGAAGAUGAGUCCAGAUGCCUACAUCCAGCUUGCUCUUCAGUUAGGCUUCUACAGGUGUCAUGGCAGACCGGUGUCCACCUAUGAGAGUGCUUCUCUACGUCGUUUUCAGCAAGGCAGAGUAGACAACAUUCGCUCAGCAACACCUGAAGCCUUUGCCUUUGUCAAAGCAAUGACUGAAGGGAAAAACAGCACAAGUGACACAGAAAAGAUGGAACUGUUGAAAGGAGCCAUAACUGCACAGACCAGUUAUACACGUCUGGCUAUUACAGGGAUGGCAAUAGACAAUCACCUACUAGGGCUGCGUGAAAUUGCACAUGAAAUGAAGAUGGGGAAGCUCGAAAUGUUCAAAGACGAAGCCUAUCUCAUCAGUAAUCAGUUUGUUCUCUCUACAAGUCAGGUUCCCACUACUGUUGAAAUGUUCUGCUGCUAUGGACCCGUGGUUCCAAACGGAUACGGCGUGUGCUACAACCCUCAGUCAGACCAUAUUAUCUUCUCCGUGUCCAGUUUCCAUGAGAGCCAACAGACAUGUUCAGCAGAAUUUGUAAAGUGCUUGGCGCAGGGACUUCGGGACAUAAGGGAUCUGUGCGAUAAAUGCAACGCUGACUGCGCUGCCACAGAGGAAAGAAAGGGCCAGACACAGAAGGCACACACACAGACCGAAACAAAGUGGGAGGAAAAACCCCCCCAGAGACCAUCUGAUUUGACUAAAAACAAGCAAACAGUCCCACAGGUUCUGGUGAAGACAACAGACCAGAGUAGCGUGGAGGCCCAAACUCAGACGCUACCACACGGAGAGGCACAGCCUCUGAGAAAAAUGAGUAAAUCAUAGGAAACUGUCAGUGCCUGUGGUAAUAGUGGUGAUGUGAUAUUAAAUGUGUUUUCUGUGCUGCAAUAAUGUAUUAGUAAGUCAAUUUUAAAAUAUACACUGUACAAGCUGUGAUACAAAAUGUCAUGUAUAUAUUUAUUGUUGUAGAGGAUGCUUUUUCCAGGAAUUGAAAUGUGGCUACUACAGGAUACAUGUAGCUGAGAGUUAGUGCCAGACGAAUGGGUAAACCUGAAAAUGAAUCAGCCAAAGAAAGAAGUUUAUUUAUUGCUGACCAACAGGCCUUAGAGUAAGGUUAGUGGGAAAUAUUG